AUGUUCAAAAUUAUAUUUUUUUGUCCUUUGGAAGAUACAGAAAAAGUUAAAAAUGCACUUUUUGAAAUUGGUGCAGGUAAAAUUGGUAAUUACCAAGAAUGUUGUUUCGUUACAAAAGGAGUUGGCCAAUUCAGACCAAUAGUUGGAGCAACACCAUCAAUUGGAAAAGUUGAUAAACUGGAAUAUGUAGACGAAUAUAAAGUUGAAAUGGUUUGUAAAGUUGAAUUAAUUGAAACAGCAAUAAAAGCAUUAAAAAAAUCACAUCCUUAUGAAGAACCAGCUUAUGAAGUUUAUAAAAUUGAUAUAUAUGGGUUAUAG